AUGCCUAAUCUCGUGGUCGUCGCCAAACUACCUUUCGCGAGCAGUGCAGCUAAAGAAACGGCAAGGAAAGAAGAAGGAACAUACACUUCGCGAGCGGCCUUCGAUGCGCACAUGUCUAUCGACCCUGUGAAGGAUAUGGUGGGCUGGCUCACGUCCAACCCCCAGAACAUCGACGGCGAGGCAACCGUAACAAUAUCAGAAAACUAUGCAUCUUUCACCAGACCUGAGGUCCUGAAAGUGGCAGAUCCAUGGAUCUGCUAUGCUUCGAUUGAGUACAAGGAGGGGAAGCGCGCGGAAGCAUUAGAGCCUUGGAAACAUGUCACGUCUGAAACGGAGAAGAAUGAGACGGAGACGCUGAGCUACAGUAUCUUGAAAGAUACGGGACACCCGGAAACUAUCAAGACGAUUGAGGUUUACCCAAGUCAGGAGUAUUUCAAGGAGGUACAUGUUCCUAGUGAGGCGGUGCAGGAAAAUGCGAAAAAGUAUGGGAACGAAAUUCGGCUUUCACUGGCGCAUGUUUUCUUGAGAUAUCAAGCGGGUUUCUUGGGUAGAUAGACGUUUGCUUGGAAUGCAAUAGGGGACAUAUCAC